CCGUUCUCCACGCUCGCUGACUUCGGCACAGACAUGAGCGACCUGGAGCUGCUUCUACCCGGGGAGGCUGAUGUGCUGGUGCGGGGAUUGCAAAGCUUCCCGCUGCUCGAGAUGGGCUCCGGAGGGUGGAACCAGCAGCACGAGAACCUGGAGAAGCUGAACAUGCAGGCCAUUCUUGAUGCCACCGCCAGCCAGGGCGAGCCCAUUCAGGAGCUGCUGGUCACCCAUGGGAAGAUCCCAACACUGGUGGAGGAGCUGAUUACUGUGGAGAUAUGGAAGCAGAAGGUGUUCCCGGUUCUGUGCAAGCUGGAGGACUUCAAGCCUCAGAACACCUUCCCCAUAUACAUGGUGGUUCACCAUGAGGCCUCCAUCAUCAACCUCCUGGAGACGGUUUUCUUCCAUAAGGAGGUGUGUGAGUCAGCAGAGGACUCUGUCUUGGACCUGCUGGACUACUGCCAUCGCAAACUGACUCUGUUGGUGGCCCGGAGUGGCCAUGGUAGCCCCCUGGAAAAAGAGGUGAAGGAGGAGGAGGAGGGGGAGUCCCAGUACAGCAACCCCAUGCAGGAGCUGCAGAAGCAGGCAGAGUUGAUGGAGUUUGAGAUCGCACUGAAAGCCCUCUCCGUGCUGCGCUACAUUACAGACUGCGUGGAUAGCCUUUCUCUGAGCACCCUGAACCGCAUGCUCAGCACCCACAACCUGCCUUGCCUCUUGGUGGAGCUGCUGGAGCACAGUCCCUGGAGCCGGCAGGGGGAAGGAGGCACACUGCAGCGGUUUGAGGCAGGCUGCUGGAAGACAGUGGCCCCCUCAGAGCAGCAAAAGCUGAGCAAGUUGGAUGGGCAGGUGUGGCUCGCCCUGUACAACCUGUUGCUGAGCCCUGAAGCCCGGGACCGCUACUGCCUCACCAACUUUGCCAAGGGACAGCUACUCAAGCUUCGGGCCUUCCUCACAGACACUCUAGUGGACCAGCUGCCCAAUCUAACGGACCUGCAGGCCUUCCUGGCCCACCUGGCCCUGACUGAAGCCCAGUCCCCGAAAAAAGACCUGGUGUUGGAGCAGAUCCCAGAAAUCUGGGCGCGUCUGGAGCAAGAGAACAGAGGCAAGUGGCGGGCUAUCGCCAAACACCAGCUGCGAACCGUGUUCAGUCCCUCUGAGCGGGACUUGCGACUGCAGGCAAGGAGGUGGGCUGAGACCUACAGGCUGGACGUGCUACAGGCAAUUGCUCCAGAGAAGCCCCGUUGCGCCUACUGCAGCGCAGAGGCCUCCAAGCGCUGCUCUCGGUGCCAGAAGGAAUGGUACUGCUGCAGGGAGUGCCAGGUCAAGCACUGGGAGAAGCACAGGAAUGUUUGCAAACUGGCCGACCAGAGUGACAGAGCCAAGUGAAGGCUGAGGAGCCUGCGGGCCAUCCGCUAUACAUACAGGCCGUCCAAAGUGCUCCCCUGAACCUCUGCCCAGC